UCUUCGAGAGACGGAGCGGGUGCGACUUGCCCCAAAAGCACAUUAACUACACACUACCCAACCCUCGCAAACAUCUAUAGAAGUACGCGAUGAAGGAGACGAUACGUAUCAGCACAACCGCGCAAACCCCCACCAUCUCAGUGUCCGACUAUCUCCCCAAAAGCCAUCUGCCUACGAAAAUCAACGAAACAGCAAGUUACCAGCAACCAACCCCCAGACAAACACACGCGUUUAUAAAUAGCACCUCCCACCCCACCCCAGUCUCCCCAGUCUCCCGGAAUGAGCUGAACUUUAUUCCUUUCCCUGGCUUGACCUGGCUUGACCUGGCUUACCCCGGCCUUUUACUUACCUAUCUACGGCUUCCACUCCUAUCCGCGUCUGUGCACUAUCUCUCGAAAAGUCUAGCACACGUCAGGCACCUUCGGGUUCGGGUGUUGGGUAUUGUGUUGUGCUCGGCGUUUUUGCGUUUCGGGGCGGGUUCAAUGGUUCAAUGUCGGCGGUGUUUGUCGCGGGUGGGUUUCGGGUUAGCUUCGGGGUGAGGGGUGAGAGGGGAUGGGGGAGGAAGGUGGUGCGGGUUUGUGGCGGAGUGAUUGUGGGGGCUUGUUGGGUGUGUUUUGGGGUUUUGCUGUCUUGUUGAUGUUGUUUUGGGUGGUUUUGUUGGGAGAGGUUUGAUGUGGAGGUGGGGAGUAAAGUGGUGCUUGUGGUAGUGUUUUUUUGCUUUGUACGUGGUCUGAUGGGGGAAGCGUGGUGAUGCCG